ACCUGUUUCAGAUCAAUAUGCCGUACAUGAAACGCCAGCUCCACUGGAUUUCUAGAACUGUUAUGGUCCAGAAUAAUAAUGUCGAGGAGGCACUGAAGUUGUUGAACAGCAUAAUGUCCCGUGAAGGAAUGUAUUCAAGAUGGAUGAAAACUCGCUACUACGAGAAACCCUGUCAGGUUAGACAGCGAGUGAAUUAUGAGAAGAGCAGAGCAAUCUAUAACGAAGAUAUGAACGAGAAAAUUAGAUUUAUUAUGAGAAAAAAUAGAAAAGAUCCAUAUCCAGGAUGUUGAAUCUUCUUUUGUAGCAUUUAAUUAAAAUAAAUAAUUUAACUAAGA